AUGUCAAACGCGAUAGAGGAUUCCCGGGUCAGGGCGGCCAUUGAGCACUACCUGUUAGAUCUGGAGAACACCCAGCCGAAGAAUACGAAGCGAAAUUAUCGUCCCAAGCAGGAAGAAUGGAAGGAGUGGUGUCAAGCCAACUGGCCUGCGAUCCCGGACGUUUGGCCGGCCUCGGUACCACAGGGCCAACAGCUACCGGGAGACCUGGUCGAUGAAGGAAAGCUCUUGCUCUUCAUGAAGGAGGAAGCCAAGAGGGCCGUGAAAAGACGCAGAGCACCAUCAGAUACCAUCGUUGUAGGCGGCGGAGGUAGCGAAUACGAGUCAGACUCCGACUUGGAGUUGUAUGAGUCCACGCUCAAACUACAGUAUAAUACUGUACGGGGCUACGUCUCGGCCAUACAGAAGCUUUACGACGAGCAGAAGAGCCGGGAGUCAAUCCUGCGGCCCGGCCACAGGAGUGGCACUGAAGGCGCUCAAACGCAGCAUUCUUGCAACGACUUGGAGCCGGAAGAGGAAGGAAUACAUGGACAGGGAGUUGGGACUCUCAGAGAUGUACUGCUUUCCCUGGACUUACCCAACGAGGGCUUCAAGGCCCAGGGGUAUACCACGAAGGCGCUGGUUGUCGUGAUGAACUGUGGGAAGACCAACCAGCACGGCCGCAUGGAGUAUGGAUCUGCUCUGCGGCAUCGAGAUCCGCGGUCUUGUCUCAUCGGCGCCCUCGCAUUCUGGCUUUUCUGGCGCUGGCAGGUAGAAAAGGCGGAAAGGUUUCCCGUCUUCCAAAGAAGCGAAGACUGGUAUGAAACGAAGGUGCUCCGCCGAUCGGCGAAAGAGCCUCAAGCUCCGUUGUCGGGCCAGACUGCCCGAGAAUGGACGUCCAGGUUCUACAAGAAGGCCGGCAUCAAGGUCUCCAAGGUCAGUCAUGCGCCUAGAGUGGCCGCGACGCAAAACGCCGACAUGGCCGGAGUGGAUGAAGGCCAGAUCCGCCGAGCCGAUCUGGGGGUGGAGCAGAACAUGGCCGCCGGCGCCUUCUUGGAACUCCUGGAGUGGCUUCGAGAGGUGCUCCUGCAGGACGCUGUCUUCCUUCGCGAGUCCUACCCCGACCAUCCUAUCUUUCAGGAUCCGGUCUUCUCUUGCCCCGAGUUUGAAGCGUUCGCCAGCAAAGUUCAAGACACAUGCACACGGGACCACGAAGACAGCCAUACCACGGUCAUUCAAAAGCGAUGCCGGUGGUUGCGGAGAAGCUGCGCACAUUGGAUGAGUUUGCGCAGGCGACCUACACCGUCACCUUCAGCCCCGGCCAAGGUGCUGCAGGUCAACAUGCGGAGAUCGCGGGAGCUCAUCAACAGAGGCGCCGCGCUCCACGAGAGACGGUCCUCAGAGCAGCAGCAGGGAAUGGUGCAAGCGGGCCAGGGGCAAGCCCAGGGAAGAGCGCAUGGCGAGCCGCCUGGGCCGCGCGAACCUCCGAGCUUCAAGCUCCCCCGUUCUGUCAAAUCUGUACAGGAGCUGCUGCGUCUCUGGCGGCAGGGCUGGGGCGAAAUGCCUUCUGUGGAUUCUCUUGAGCGAGACUGGGGUGCUCGAUGGCGGCCAUCUGCAGAGAAGAAUUACUUUUCCACGCGCAAGAUCAUCGUCGAUGAGGUUCGGAGGCGGGCCCAGUCGGACGGCUGA